AUGAGUGUCCGGGUCGUUGCACGUGUGAGGCCACUCCUGAAGUCCGAGCGGGAAUUGGAUAUUAUCCUCCGUACGGGGUCUACAACUCAAGCCGCCCCUAGAAAGACCGAGAAACAGAGCCCCCAGGAAAAGAAGCUGGCGGCAUUGCGGGAUCGAGAUACUAUUGUACGGAUUCCAAACCCUAAAAAUGAGAACGAGGAAUACUCUUUUCAAUUCAAUGCUGUCUACGAUGCGGAUUCUACACAGCAGGAGCUCUUCGAUGCCGAGGUUGCUCCUACGGUUAAGCAUUUAUUCAACGGUUUCGAUGUCACCUUGUUCGCCUACGGAGUCACGGGUACCGGGAAAACACACACGAUGCGGGGCGGUAAAAGCCUGGCUGACAGAGGCGUCAUUCCCCGUCUUUUAAGCAGCAUAUAUAGGCGCAGCCGGAAGCUUGAAAAGGAUGGUGACGGCGAGUCGACGGUGAAUGUUUCCUUGAGCUACUACGAGAUCUACAAUGACAAGGUCUUCGAUUUGUUUGAACCCCCAGAGAAGAGAACGCUCGCAGGACUACCUUUGCGUGACAAUGGAGGAAAGACAGUGGUUGUAGGCCUGACGGAAAGGCCAUGUACAAGCCUGAAGGAGUUUGAGAGCCUUUAUGAUCAGGCCAACACCAAUAGGUCUACAUCUGCAACAAAGUUAAAUGCCCAUUCGUCGCGGUCUCAUGCUAUUCUUUGCGUCAAAGUAGCAGUCAGCUCUGGUGGCCAGACUCGGAUCAGCACAGCUUCUGCCAUUGACUUAGCUGGUUCAGAGGAUAAUCGUCGAACAGACAACGAUAAAGAGCGCAUGGUUGAGUCAGCGAGCAUUAACAAGAGUCUCUUUGUUCUGGCACAGUGUGUAGAAGCCAUAAGCAAGAAACACCAUAGGAUUCCUUACAGAGAGUCAAAGAUGACAAGAAUCCUUUCCCUGGGUCAGAACAAUGGAUUGACUGUGAUGAUUCUCAACCUCGCACCCAUCAAAUCUUAUCACUUGGACACCAUUAGCUCGUUGAACUUUGCCAAUCGCACAAAGAAGAUUGAGGUUCGUGAGGUGGAGAACGAGCCGAUGUUCAAAGGGCCUCCGAGACCAGCAGCGCGUCCUUCAGUGACUGCCCAGAGGCAGCCUCUGCGUCCACUGACGGCUACUGCCAAUGUCAACCUUACAGCGCUUGCCAACAAAGACAAGGAUACGUCAAAGCCUGGGGAGAAGCCAGUCAAGGCGUUCCACGUCUACUCUGACAAACCUCGGUCUAGGGAUUCCACUCAAUUCAGAAAACCUGAGCCACCAAAGCGUACGUCCUUAGAUUCUAACCACCGCUUGUUAAAACCCAGCCGCAUCGCGCAGCCCCUUCAGCCACAAAAACACUAUGAAGAUAUAUCAGCUGCCAAGAUUGAGGAGAUGGUUGAGAAGAAGGUAGAGGAGAUUCUGGCUGUAAGGGCUGUCAGUGAAAAGUCAAGGCAAACGCAGGUCCGUGAGUUAAAUGAACAAGUACAAAAGCGCUUGGAAAUGCUAGAGCAGCGCAUCGAAGGCACGGAAGACGCAAGGGCCGAAGGAUUGUCAUUCUUGCUCAUGGCAAAGCAGCACCAGGCACGUGGCGAGGAUAGCUUCGCACUGAAGAUGUAUCAGCUCGCGCUUCCUUUCUUCCCAGACAACGAAAAGCUCGCAAGGAAGAUCAACACUUUGAAGCAGCGGGUCCAAAGCAGGUCCUGUCCAGAUCCAGACACAACUGGCAAUCACACUCUCACAGCAUCCAAGAGGGAGUUCGGAAGCCUCCUUUCAAUCAAGAAGCAGCCCGCGGGAACGAGUUUGAAGCGUCAAGCUGAGGAUUCGGAUGGCGAGUACAACCCCGAAGAUGGGCUCGAGGAACCCAGCGACGACGAUAUCGAAGAACUUACGCACCCGAGGCGCAAGAAGCGCACCAAAACUAGUUCUCCGUCAGAUGAAGGGUCUAGCGUCGACUGCUACGAGGCCCCUUCACCCCGGACAAUCCACCUCCUAUCGAUAAUCAACUCUCGCGACGUGAGCCAAAUUAAGUUAUUGAAAGGUGUCGGCGUGAAGAAAGCUGAAGCUAUAGUCGACUGUCUCUGCGAAAUGGACCAGCACCUAGAGGAGCAGGACGACGAUAGACAAGUCCAGAUUAACAGUCUUUCCGAACUGAGCACACUAAGAGGAGUCGGCGUCAAGACUGUUGAAAGCAUGAGAAAUGGAGUAUUGGCAUAA